AUGGUUGAACCAGCGGUUGAACGACGGCAUAUUCAUGGCCAAGAAUCAAAUAUACCACACUGGGGAUAUUCUAGUCGUUCCUUACCUUGCACCAAAGACCCUGAAUCUUGUUCUUAUUUGGACGCCGUAUACUGGAUUCAAGAUCUCUCAAUGCUUUAUACGUUUAUCAUCUGGGCUGUUAUUGGUGGCCUACUUUUAUUUAUCCUUGCUCUUCGACUGGUUAACUCCCUCGAUCUAAGGAAGCCAGGGUCAAGGAGAGAACUCGAAGGCCAGACCCUGGUUAAGGCAAGCUCGUUUUCCAGAGCUUGGAAUGCGCUCUCUGCUGGUGCUCGUCAUUAUUUACUGCCGGAAAGUCUCGUCAAUUUCUUCGGCCACGUUACGCGGCUUCAAGUUGCUAUUUUUUGCGGUAUUCUUGUCUACUUACUGAUUUUUACCCUGGUUGGUUCUGUGUAUAAAUUAUGGCUCACUCCCGUCAAGAAUUCUUCGUCAUUCAGCACGCGGACUACUCUGGGGCCACUCGCGAAUCGUAUUGGGGCUUUCGCAUUCGCGUUAACCCCGUUAACCAUCAUGCUAGGUACUCGGGAAAACAUUCUCUCGCUUAUCACGGGAAUCCCAUACCGACAUUUCAACUUUCUCCAUCGAUGGAUUGGGCGCAUCAUUUUCAUCCAAACUGUCUUGCACACUGUAUUCUGGACAAUCAUUCAAACGCGGCUCUACCAGCCGCAGCCGAAAGUGUACACCAAGUUCAUCACGAAGAGGUACAUUAUUUUUGGUAUAAUUGCUCAGACUUUCAUCACCUUCAUUUAUAUCUUCAGCAUCAAUAGGGUUGUCAGAUGGACUGGGUACGAAUUUUUUAGAAAAUCCCACUACAUCGCUGGAGCCCUUUAUCUGGGAGCUUGUUGGGGCCAUUGGGCUAGGCUUAGUUGCUGGAUGAUUGCGUCCAUUGGUGUUCUAUUUUUGGAUAGGGGUGUUCGUCUACUUCGCACCCUUGUCAUACAUCUGAACUUGAAGGACGAAAAUAAAGGUAUCGGAUUCAAAGCCGCAGAGGGCAAAAUUACAUCCUUCGAUGACGGUGAUGGCGGAAUUGUAACUAGACUUGAAUUCAGACACGAUCAGCCGCCCUGGGAAGCUGGUCAACAUUUCUUCCUAUGUUUUCCAGAUAUAACUGUCUGGCAGUCCCAUCCCUUCACCCCGUUCCCGAAACAACUGCAGAACAAUUCACAGCACGCAUACGUUAUCCGAUGCUUGUCAGGGGAGACCUCUCGUUUACCACUUUUGGCUAGCAAUUCAUUCGGUGACAUUACCAUUCCCGUCAUCCUCACUGGCCCUUACGGAACGCAUGUUCUUGACAAGUCAACCCGGAAUAUCCUAGCAAUAGCCGGUGGUACUGGCAUAUCCUUCGCUCUGCCGUUAGCAGCAGCAGCAGCCUCAGCGAGCAAGGAAGAACCCGACCGCCGCGUCGAACUCGUUUGGAUAAUCCGCCGCACACGAAACAUUGAAUGGGUCCAAGAUGAGCUCACCGUCCUCCUUCACUCCCAUCCGAAGAACGUGACUGUCCGCAUUUUCGUCUCUCGCGAGCCUUCUAUGGAACUAGCAAAUACCCAUUGUGCCGAAAAUUCAUCUCUCAGUGACGAGAAGACCAACCCGUCAAGCCCAACGGGGAAUCCAUCGUUCGUACUUCCCCAACACCCUAAUCUUCACAUCUUGUGGUCCGCAAAACACCACCCGGAUAUGCAUGAAAUCGUACAGAGUUUUAUUCGCAAUGAGCCGUCGUCGUCACCGUCGCGUUCGGCAGUUGCUGGCCGGGUUCAAGUGGUGGCUAGCGGGCCGGCAGAGAUGGGACAUGAUUUGCGUGCGGCUGUUGCGGCGGCAAAUGAUGCUGGACAAGUAUGGAAGGGAAAGGAGGAGUUUGAUGUUUCUUUGUACUGGGAUAACCGAUAA